AUGCCUUUGGAAUCUGAGUACCUGAAGAAGUGCUUGGGAACAUGCUUAGUUCGGGGCCUUGCUAAGUUGGUUCAGCAUCGGCCAUCAGAUCCAAUAGAGUACCUGGCACUUUGGAUUUAUGAAUAUAGGAGAGAAAUUGAUGCAAAUCACCAGAGAAUGCUAGAGAAGCGUCAGCUGAGUAAGGAGAGAAUGGAAAACCUUAUGGAACUGGAAAUAACACAAAAACUGAAGGCAGAGGAAAGUCAGUUGCAGAAAAAAUAUGAAGAGUAUCAAAAAAAAACAAUUUUGGAGCCUUUUCCAGAACUGAAACCUCGCAUGUGGCCGGAAAAGUUUGGACCCCUGAAAUUGCCCCCUCUUGAAGAAAUAGAUGAGUCUUUAUUAAGCCCUAAUAGAGAAAAUGCACUGUCUAACACAGACUGGAAGCAACAGCCUUUCCCUGAAACUAAUGGUGUUACCAAGAAUGAAUCUCAAGAAGAUACUGCUUCAGGAAGUGACAAUUUCCAACUAGAUCCCUUCCAUGCCCCAGUGUGGUUUGUGGUCCUAGCAUAUACCACUUUCGGUGACUCUGGAUUGCCUAUGGAGAAUAUAAAAUAA